CGUUGCAUAGCGCUCUUGGUGAGGCUGUACAGAGCGACUGGAAAUGAAGAGUUGGCAGCCGUUUAUAAGCCAUGGACAGUCUGCCUUUAUAUACAGCCGGGUGAAUCCUUGCGGAAUCUUGGGAUUGCUAUGAAGGCGGGGGCUUCGUCCAUGUGGGCAUCAUGUUGUGGUCUACUGAAUGAGGUGAUGGGGACCGGGGCAGUCAGAGGGCAGCAGCCAGGAUUUGGAGCAGGUGCGGGGCCGUUUCGUUUUGCUCCCACUGCAGGAUACUCCACUUACCCCCCAACUAACUCGAGCAGCACCAGUUUGCUCUGUCAGGCGUGUGGACAAGCCUUUUCUGUCUUUAGAAGAAGGCACAUCUGUUGUGACUGUAAGAAGAGUUUCUGUUCGCUGUGCUGUGUACUUCAGGAAAACUUGCGCAGGUGUACAACUUGUCAUCUGCUAAAAGCCACUGCAUUUCGACGGCCUCAACUCAUGCGUCUGCGCGUUAAAGAUUUGAGGCAGUAUCUUACACUACGCAACAUUAACACUGACACCUGCAGGGAGAAGGAAGACCUUGUGGACUUGGUGCUUUGUCACCAAGGUGCAGAGAGUGAAGAUGAUCCAGACACGCCCUCUCUUCAGUCACGGCCCUUUUAUAGCCCGCCUCCUUCAACUGAAGAGCCCACUUCCCCUCUCUCAGCACUUUCACCCACUCAUGGAGAACCAAUCAGUAGAAGCAACAGCUCAGAGUCCAUAAAUCAGGAUAUUGAGGACUCCACUUCAGUGUCACUCCUCAACCUUGACCAUACAGAACACACACCAGAGGUGAGUCCUCAGACUCGUCGACGGGCUCGAGCCUCUCUGUCGGAUCUGUCUUGUGUUGAUGACGUGGAGCAGCUGACCGUACGCCAGCUGAAGGAGAUCCUGGUCAGGAACUUUGUGAGCUUCUCUGGCUGCUGUGAAAAGUGGGAACUGGUAGAGCGAGUCAGGAGGCUUUACCGGGAAAACGAAGAGAAUCGCAAAUCAAUGGAGAAUGUGAACAACCCUAUCACCGCAGUGGUAGCUUAUCCCCCUCCUAUCUACAAUGGCGGGAUCGGAGAUGGUUGCAAGACCCAGUUAUCCAGCGAUGACAACCUGUGUCGUAUCUGCAUGGAUGCUGUGAUUGACUGUGUGCUGCUGGAGUGCGGUCACAUGGUCACCUGCACAAAAUGUGGGAAACGCAUGAGCGAAUGCCCUAUAUGCAGACAGUACGUCAUCAGGGCUGUGCACGUUUUCAAGUCCUAAAACUGCUGGAGGAAUCCACUUUAGUCCAAUAAAACAAUACGCCCCACCUGCAGACUGCUUUGAAUUACGUACCCUUGCUGGACACUGCCCCGACAAGUGCCCAUCCCGAUCAAUGAAAGUCAUAAGACGUUCUCCGCUUCGUGAGGUUUCAUGAAUAUGACUUUGACCUCGAUGAACACAGACAGUGGUCCACAGUGGCUUUUUCAUGCACAAACAUUCCACAAGCUCUUCAAAGUGGCUCUGUAAUAAUAUGCAAUUGUUCAGCGACACCUCACAGCCUUGACUCGAUGUCUCGCAGCUUUAAGACAUACACAUGCUGCUCAUCUGUCUCACGAGAGCACUUUGAGGAGGGCAAAAAUCAAGCAUUAUCAAAUCAAGUGUGUUUAUGCAUCACACAUGGACAAUACACCAUUUCUCAGGAUGUAAGGAACUGAAUGUUCUCAAUGUAAACGUGCUAUUGUUUCCUGCUUGUGUUAGGAAGUGUUUCUGGAUUCUCAAAAAAUGUCAUGAACCCCAUAAUAACAAAGUGUGACCCUGUUUAUAGCACUUCACCCUCUUUGCAUUCCAAAUUUUGAACCUAUUGGCUCAUGUCUCCAUCUACGCUUAUCUCUGCCUGACUGAAAACAGUUGGUCAGGUGACUUCUGCUGAGCACUUUUACAGUACGUGACUUGAAAACCAGCACACCCACCAGACCCCAACCAAACUAAUGUUGAUAAAUCACUUAUGUGUGACAUCAUCACUGUCAAUAUCGUAAUUCUCAGGCAGUGUGCGACGUGCACUAGUUUCUCUGUGUGGAUUAAGGUAAAGUGAAAUAAUAGCACUAACAUAACAUCUGUUCAUUCACUAUAACCCAAAAUUAUGCACUUGUGUAAGAGAAGAGGUGUGGUUUAGGUGCCAAAUGAAGUGCUUGAGUGUCUGUGAUUCCAAUGUGCUGUAGUUUUUCCCAUUGUAUUAGUGUGUGAAUGUGUAAGGUUUUUUUUGUAGCUCUUGUUUGCACUGAACUUGAGGAAAAAUGAAUCAGUAAAACUUAAUACAAAUUCAUUUAAAAAUAUGAUAACAUUGACAUCAAAACAUUCCCUAAUGCUUACAGCCUCUACACUCAAACAUGGACAAACCCAGCAAUUGGGUUAAAUAAACCCAGAAAAUGUUUAUACUUGACCCAACAAUGGGUUAAAACAACCCAAAUUACCACCUAGAUGGCAAUACACCCAUGGCGGAGCUGCUGACUUCAGAGCUGAUCUGCCCCGGAAUCUAUUGCUAUCUGGGAAGAAUUAUAAGGAGUGUAUUGCUGUGUGACGACUUGGUUUACUUUAUAAAUAUAUAAUUUGCAUUUUAAUGAAUAUUCAGAUUUAUUACACCUUUAACAUUUUGUGUAUGACAUUUUUCUUGUUUGCCAAUUAAGAUGCAUUUAUUUUUCUUAACAAAAUAUCUUCAUUUCCUUUGGUUGGUUGCUCAGCUACUUUAAUAUAGAAUUAAAAACUUGGAUUAAAAAUUGUGUUUUAACUUACCCUUGUGGUCCUUAAAUAAAAAUGCAACAAAAUAAUGUACCUUAAAUAUAAACAUUAUUUCCCACUGA